AUUGCUCUCCAAAUUCAAAAACCGCACUGAAGUGCAUUUUCCUCUCUUAUUAGUUAUUACUGUUACCAAAUCCCUCACAGGCGCGCUCACUCUCCACCUCCAAUCCUCCUGCGCUGUCAAGGUUCUGAGCUAAGGCGAGAAAAUGGCCGGAAAAGGUGGCAAAGGCCUUGUUGCGGGCAAGACUAUGGCAGCUGCAGCAGCUAACAAAGACAAGGACAAGAAAAGGCCGGUUUCUCGCUCAGCUCGUGCUGGUCUCCAGUUUCCGGUGGGUAGAAUUCAUCGUCACCUGAAGUCAAGAACCAAUGCUAAUGGAAGAGUUGGAGCCACAGCAGCAGUUUACUCUGCUGCAAUUCUUGAAUAUUUGACUGCAGAAGUGCUUGAGUUGGCAGGAAAUGCCAGCAAAGAUCUGAAAGUUAAGAGGAUAACACCAAGGCACUUGCAGCUGGCCAUUCGUGGGGAUGAGGAGCUCGACACCCUCAUCAAAGGAACCAUAGCUGGUGGUGGUGUGAUUCCACACAUUCACAAAUCUCUCAUCAACAAAACCACCAAGGAAUGAAACAACUGUAUUGACUCUUAGUGUCUAUUUAUCUGAUGAACAAUGUCUAUGUUUGUAUUCUGCUUUUAUUAGGUUAGAUUAGAAUGGAAGUGGUGUAGUUUAGAUCAAUUAGUUGAGCCAGUAGCUUUAUUAGAUGUAUUUUUCUUUGACAUUGAGUCUCAUUAUACAUCUGUCUCGCGAGUGCUAAUAUUUCUGUCGCUUUCUAA